ACGUGCCCACCCGGCAGUGACGUCAUCCGCCCCACUUGAGACGGAUGCACACGGAUGUGAAGAGCUGCAGCGGCUGCAACAGGACGAACGGCUGCGGGGGAAGGCCACAUUUUGACGCUAUUUGUCUUAUAUCUGCCUCUAUUUAGACACAAAAGCUGGAUCCCAUGACGUGGCCACUGUAAACACGGGAGGUUAAAGGUUUCCACCAGUCCCAAUCAUCAGGAUGCAAACCUCCUUAGAUGUGGAGGCCGGGGACUCGCCCAUCAUGUUGUCGGCAGACGUCACAGAGUGGAGCACGGACGAUGUUCGCCGAUGGAUGGUGGACAAGGGCUUCCAAGAGUACACGGAAUUGUUGUGCGACAGACAUCGGCUUAACGGGGUAGCCUUGCUGUCUCUAACGGAAGAGGACUUGAGAGAGCCUCCGAUUUCUAUGCAUGUGCUGGGCGACUUGAAGCGCCUGGUUGAUGCUAUAACACAGCUUCGCCAUGACACCUUCACGUUCCGCCCGAACAUCCCAGACGGGCGCUCUAGCAGUGGAGAUUCCAGCCCCACGCGAUCGGACAGCCCGCGGGACAUCUCAAAAACUCUGGAAACCCUGGUCAAGAUCAACAUGUCUGACGCGCAGGAAAAGCCACAUUUUCCAUCUGAGAAGUGGAAGACCUUCGUGGCAUUUGUCUACCUUUGUGGUAUGAUGAUGCUGAACCCAAUUUUUAUAAACAUCAUUCAUGAACGUGUUCCGGACAAGUCUGUGGAACCUCCGCUUCCAGAUGUGUUCUUUGAUUACUUUGACAGAGUUGUCUGGGCGUUCUCUGUAUGUGAAAUUGCAGGAAUGAUAAACUCUGCACUUUUGCUAAUAGUCUGGAUCCUUCACAAACACAAAUGGAUAGUGCUCAGGAGGUAUUGCCUGAUUGUUGGGACUCUCUACCUACUGAGGUGUAUCACCAUGUAUGUCACCACCCUGCCUGUACCAGGCAUGCAUUUCCGAUGUUCUCCUAAGAUCCAUGGUAAUUUAUCAGCAAUGUUUGAUCGAGCAAUGACAAUGAUGUUCGGCCUGGGCCUGUCCAUUACGGGCUCCCAUCACCUGUGUGGGGAUUACCUGUUCAGUGGCCACACAGUCAUCCUCACCAUCACCUACCUCUUUAUAAAGGAGUAUUCCCCGCGUGGCUGGUUCAUUCUGCACUGGUGCACAUGGCUUGUCUCCUGCAUCGGCAUCUUCUGUAUCCUCCUGGCGCACGACCACUACACGAUAGACGUGGUCGUGGCAUACUUCAUCACCACGCGACUGUUCUGGAUCUACCACACGUUGGCAAACCACGAGGUGCUGAAGAAGCCCAGCCCGUUGCACCACCUGUCCCGGACGUGGUGGUUCUCCAUGUUCAGGAUGGCGGAGGGCAACAUUGAGGGGGUCCUGCCACGGGAGUACGCCUGGCCCCUGCCGUGGCCCAAGCGUUUCCAUGACACAAGGUUUCAUUACAUGGGAGUGUGCAAACGAGUGUGACAUGUCAGUUAUCUAUCUGUACUGUACAUGUCAGUCUGUGAGGAACUUUGAUGGCACAGAAUGGUGAGGGAUCAAUGCUGCGGUCCCAUUUGGAAAAAGUGCCCCUCCGUUUGGUUUAUGGGCUGUUUUUUGGUACAUUUGGACAUGACCCCUACACAGUCGGACCCCUAGAUUUUUUAAACUCACACUUAAAGUCUGCCUGGGACCAGGCGUCAAAAAGACACACCAUGAAUUUCGUGUAAAAACGAGAGGUGUCCACCGGGACAAGCUUCAGAGCCCAGCCUGCAGACACCAGUGCAAAUGGGACCGUAGCAUAAGUAAGGUGAAGACAAAUGUCUCCUCAGUUUCACAUUUAGAAAUUUGAGUGCAAAAUGGUUGCCUGUCUGUCUUGAUAAUAUUUUCUUAUUUCUUAGCGUUAAAAUACUAGCAAUGCAAUGCCAUAAGUUGCCAUUAUUGUAUUUGUACUAACAGUAUAAGUGUACAAGAUAAUUCUAGUCAUUUUAGAUUUUGAAAGAUACUGGAAAUUUGGAAUUCUUGUUAAGUUCCACGUGAAAUAUGGUCAUAGAUUUGACAAGCAAAGAUACCAUGUUAUACAUUUGUAGAUGAGGUGGAAAUCAUGCUAAGUUAACAUGUACUGUACAGUUAAAUAAGUUCAUACAUAUGAUUAGAUUUCCAAAUCCCUAGAAUAUUUCAAACUCUAAGGAACAUAGUUAGGAGUUACUUUCUGGUGCAUUGAUGAGCUAAUGGUAAGAGGGAAGUUCAAAUGGAUUUGACAAGAAAUGUACUGGAAUCUUGAGCGGAGAGUACUGCAAUAUUUAGGUUACUUGAAAUGACAACUAGCCAUUGACUUCUUGUGUCAAUUUGUAUGUGGUUUACUUGAUUGCCUUGUUGGGAUUAUGUAGUCACGCAUUCUACUGCAGUCUCUUUUAACAAGGAAUAGAGUCAGAUAUGAAGUGCUGCAGAAAUUCUUACCAAAGCUAAUGAUCAUCCAAGAGAUUUCAAUGGUAGUGACAGCAAGUUAAGUUGCUUCUUAUUGCAUGGGGAAAUGCCAUCAUGACCAUUAAUUGUGCCCUUGCCUGAAAAAGAAUGAAAUAACAAAAAGAGCUUUCAAAAGUAAUUUUUCUCACAUUUCUAUGAGUAAGAGACCAAAUACCGGUAGUCGUUGUUUUAACAGACAAACAAAAUCUUCCCCUACUUUUGAGACAAGCAGUAGCAAUAUGAGAUAUUGCUGAUAUGGAUGUUACAAAAGGAUUUUCAUGAUCUCAAAAUUUAACACAGUAUCAAACACUGACUUGAUGUUAUAGAUCUUGAGUAUUUUGUUACUCAACAGUAUCACUGGUCAGGCACCUUAGUUUGUGGUGAUGUUAAGUUAAAACUCUCCAUGCUGUUUCCACUAUUGCUGUGCAAGACUGCUGCUGGUAUAUAUGGGUGGGAUGAUCAGUUGAUAAGCUAACCACAUGCCUAGCUGCAUGAUAUGUGCCAUGUGUGAUUGAUUGUCCAGGUUUUUGUCUUUCUAACGUAGUGCAGUGAACAUGAAUGCGGAAAGCAAGACAAUUACAAGAAGCAACACUGAAAGGUUUUGGUUUGUUCUGUCAUUGCUGCAUAUCAUAAGCUGAAAAAUUCUACACAAAUUGAUGCUACUGAAAGACAGUAUUAUUACAGAUGAAUUCUGAAUGUUUUCGUCAUCCGACAGCAAUCUACUGAUCUUGUGGGACACUUGUAAAGAGUGUACAGAUGUAUGAUGAUGAUGAUGCAAGAAAACUUAUAUAAAAUCCUCUUAUCGAUAUAUUAUAAUGUGUGUAUCUUUUACACUUCAGAAAUAGCUGUGGGAAAAAUUGUGUAACUAUCGUACUUUACAUUGAAUUAUUUUAAUGGCUUAGUGGUUUUGAUAUGGUCUUCAAACUUCUCACUGCUGAUUUAGCCUUUUUGUAUUGGUUAUACUUGUUGAUGACAUCAAAAUACACAAUUUAUCAUUAUCUGUAACAAUAAUCUUACUAUUCAAUGCACAUUAAACAUUUACACCCAAUACAAACCCUUUUGAUGAUAUUCAAAAUCGUACCAUCAAAAACCAUACUUGCAGUCUUGAUUCUUGCCACCAGGUAAUUAGAUUAAACAUUGACUAUACCUGUCGUGUCUUCACAAUUUACAGAGCAGCCAAUUUUGAACCUGGUACCACAGCUUGCAAAAAUAUGAUUGUAUCAGAAAAAAAAUGCUUAAUUAUCAUGAUAACAUGAAAAAUUGUAAUAUUUGCUUUGUUUGCUUCUCAAAAGAACAUUCUUUGUUAGCUGUAGUGCAAAGUAAAACAUGCUGUCACGAUGUUUAUAAUGACAUCAUGAACAGUAAAGUCAAAUCUAAGUCUUGGUGGGAAGAAUCAAGAGCUGGACGUAUGUUUUUUUAAUGGUUUUUGAAGGGUGUAUAUUUUGCGCUAAUGCUGAUAACGGUAUUUGUGCUCAUGUCUAUAUUUUAUUUAAUAAUAUUAGAUCCAUCAGGAUUUCAGACAGUUUUUAAAUUUGAUGUCAUUGGUGUCGUAAGCACAGUACAGGUCUGAUAGUCCAGCCUUGUAAGCUUUGAUCCGCUUCCAAAGGUUGCUACUCUGCUACCAAAGCUUCGGGGACGGACCAAAGCUAACAAGACUGGAGUCUAGGCUACUGAUAGACAGCAGAAUAGCUUACAACAUGGCUGCAUCAUACAGUAACUGUGUUAUCAUUUUCAUGUUUAUCAUAACAAGAUGACAUGUUGUGUGAAAGGGACGGGGGAAUAUGUGUGUAAAGGAAUGUUAAGAAUUGAGACAAUUCUGAUCAACAUGGUAUAUUCUUCUCAUCGCCUCUCAUAUCUUACAAGUUCAAAGUAUUGAAUUGCAGAACAGACAGUCUAUGAAGCACCUGAUGCCACAUUUAAGCACAUUUAAGUGGGUCCAAUGUUAUAUGUAUCAUACAAAGUAUUAUGUUUAUGCAAAUAGCUUUAUUAAUGGGGAGACAAAUUAAUUGGUGCAGAAAGAAUACAGAAUUCUAACCAGUACAUAGAAUUGACAUCUUAAUAAAA